AUUUCACUUGCAAUUGGUGGUGGAUUAUACUUGUGAUGAAUCUGGGUUUGAUUUAGCUUUGUAAUUCGAGAAGAGGGUUUUUCCAGGCACACGUCUGUGUGUGUUAUAUGCAGCUAGGAGAUUUAUUUUCCUUGUUUUCUUCAUAUUUUGACUUUCUUAACGUAUUUUUGGUGCUCCUUUUGAGUAUGAACAUAUUUGCUUGCUGUUAGGAAUUCCAUUCUGUUUAUGUUUUUCUUUUCCUGUCAAUGCUUUUGCAUCUUCUUCUUAUGCAUGGAGAAGUUCUCUAGUAAUCUUUAUCUUGGUUUUUGUUCUACAAUUGAUUUCAUUGCUUAUUUGUUUGGAAAAUUAAGGAUUCUAUGUUCAGUUGUGUUAGAUAUUGAAGCACCCAUUGAUUGAACUGAUUUCAGCCUUUCAGGUAAUAUAUUCUCAUACUAUGGAUGGUACAAUUACUAGAAGGGUUAUUCCAUCAGACAACAGUUGCCUCUUCAAUGCUGUUGGGUACGUAAUGGACCACGAUAAACACAAGGCCUCCGAGCUAAGACAGGUCAUAGCUGCGACAGUAGCUAGCGAUCCAGCAAGCUAUUCGGAAGCAUUUCUCGGAAAGCCGAAUGAGGAGUACUGUGCUUGGAUUCUUGAUUCUGAGAAGUGGGGAGGUGCCAUUGAGCUCUCGAUAUUAUCCGAAUAUUAUGGGCGUGAAAUUGCAGCAUACGAUAUCCAGACCACGCGAUGUGAUUUGUAUGGCCAGGAAAAGAAGUAUUCUGAAAGGGUUCUACUGAUAUAUGAUGGACUCCACUACGAUGCUUUAGUUAUGUCUCCAGCCGAGGGGGCUCCCGAGGAAUUCGAUCAGACCAUAUUUUCUGUGAACAAGGACAGGACAAUUGGGCCCAUUGAGCAGCAAGCUCUUCAUUUUGUAAACGAACAGCAAAGGAAAAGGAGUUACACCGACACCGCCAACUUCACUCUUCGCUGUGGGGUUUGCCAGAUUGGAGUCAUUGGCCAGACGGAGGCCGUAGAACACGCAAAAGAAACUGGCCAUGUCAACUUUCAAGAGUAUAGAUGACAGGAAGCAUGUCGGGAAAAGUAAUGGAGCUGAUCGGUGUGAGCUUCAUCGGCUCCUCCGCUUGUCGAACUGGUGUGGCAUUUUGAUUUGUUAUGUUGCCAUUUCAAAAUCUUGAUUACCCUGGAAAAGUGGUCAUAUUUACUGCACAAGUUGUGUACAAUGUUGUGUAUUUGAUUCAAUAAUCACAGAGUAAGCUGUUGUAAAUCACUCUUCUUAUAUGGUUCAGAAUCCUUUUGCA